CCCUCCUCCCGGAUCAGUCUCGGGCCGGCGGGGGGCCGGCCGGUGAGCAGCGCGCAGAAUGGGCAGGUGCUGCUUCUACACUGUGGGGACGCUGUCCUUGCUCCUGCUGGUGACCAGCGUCACGCUGCUGGUGGCUCGAGUCUUCCAGAAGGCUGUGGACCAGGCGAUCGGGAAGAAUAUCGUGUUAAAGAAUGGUUCUGAAGCCUUUGACUCCUGGGAGAAGCCUCCUCUGCCCGUGUACACCCAGUUCUAUUUCUUCAACGUCACCAAUCCAGCGGAAAUCCUCAAUGGGGAGAUCCCUCAGGUUAUAGAAGUGGGGCCAUACACCUACAGGCAACUCAGAAACAAAGCAAAUAUACAAUUUGGAGAUAAUGGAACAACAAUAUCUGCUGUGAGCAACAAGGCUUAUGUUUUUGAACAAAGUUUAUCCAUUGGAGACCCUAAAAUUGAUGUAAUUAGAACGUUAAAUAUUCCUGUUGUGACGGCCAUGGAAUGGGCCCAGAACCACUUCCUCCGGGAGAUCAUCGAAGCCAUGAUGAAGGCCUACCAGCAGAAGCUGUUUGUGACACACACGGUCCACGACCUGCUCUGGGGCUACAGAGAUGAGCUCUUAUCCCUCGUCAGCAUUUUCAGGCCCGAUAUCUCUCCCUAUUUCGGUUUGUUCUAUGGGAAAAACGGAACAAAUGAUGGAGACUAUGUUUUUCUAACUGGAGAAGACAGUUACCUUAACUUUACAAAAAUUGUGGAGUGGAAUGGAAAAAAGUCACUUGACUGGUGGAGAACAAAGGAGUGCAAUAUGAUUAAUGGAACAGAUGGAGAUUCUUUUCACCCAUUAGUAAGCCAAGAGGAAAACCUUUAUGUUUUUCCAUCUGAUUUUUGCAGGUCAGUGUAUAUAACUUUCAGUGGCUUUGAGAGUGUGCAGGGACUGCCUGCCCUUCGGUAUAAGGUACCUGCAGAAAUAUUAGCCAAUACCUCAGAAAAUGCUGGCUUCUGUCUACCUGAAGGAAACUGCCUGGGCUCAGGAGUCUUAAAUGUCAGCAUCUGUAAGAAUGGUGCACCCAUUAUUAUGUCCUUCCCACACUUCUACCAAGCAGAUGAGAAAUUUCUUUCUGCCAUAAAAGGCAUGAAUCCAAAUAAAGAAUCUCAUGAGACAUUUGUGGACAUCAAUCCUUUGACUGGAAUUAUCCUAAGAGCAGCCAAGAGGUUCCAAAUCAACGUUUAUGUUAGAAAAUUGGAUGAUUUUGCUGAAACUGGAAACAUUAGAACAAUGGUUUUCCCAGUGAUGUAUCUAAAUGAGAGUGUUCUCAUAGAUAAGGAGACUGCAGGUCGCCUGAAGUCUGUGAUUAACACGACCUUGAUCAUCACCAACAUCCCCUACAUCAUCAUGGCGCUAGGUGUGUUCUUCGGUUUGAUCUUCACAAGGUUUGCAUGCAGAGGACAAGGAUCCAUGGAUGAGGGAACAACAGAUGAGAGAGCGCCUCUCAUUCGAACCUAA